UAAUAGUUUAUUGAGCAAUUAAGUUCCAGGCACCCAGCUAAGCCUUUCACGUGGACUACACGAUGAAAUUCAUACCCUCAUUGAUCCUCACUACAACUCAGAGGUAACACGGAAUUUUACUGAGGCAAGUGGUGGGACCUGGAUUCCAGAAGCAAUACUAUUUGUGUGAAAUGUCAUGUCGCUGUAAAAGUCUGUUAGGGAGUACCCCCCCCCCCAAAAAAAAGUCCACUCAAGAUUCCCUAGACUCCUCACCAUAUUGAUACAUUUUAGCUCACAAAUUAAAACAGCCUUGAUUAGUGCAAAGCUAAGAAACUUCUGACUGCUAUAAUUUAAAAGAUUUGAGCAGUGGGUGGCGGCGCGCACCUGUGGUUCCAGCUACUCCGGCGGCUGAGGUGGGAAGAUCACUUGAGCCCGGGAGGAGGAGGCUGCAGUGAGCUAUGAUCACGUCACUGCACUCCAGCCUGGGCGACAGGGCGAGACCCUGUCUCAAAAAAAAAUGUUUUUUUUCCUAUCCAAGUUUAUCCUUAAGAUAUCAUCUUACAGCAAGUACCUUUGCUGCAAAUAAAAAUUCGCGAUUUUUAAAAGGGACGAGAGAGUGUCUUUUUUUUUUUGAGACGAAGUCUUCCCAGGCUGGUCUCAAACUCCCGGCCUGAAGCGAUCACUCCUACCUCGGCCUCUUAAAGUGUUGAGAUUACGGGCGUAAGCCACCGCGCCCGGCCUACUCCAGAUCUUUAAAAUCGCUUUUCAGCGCCCGACGACUCCUGGAGUGACCAGACUCUGAAACGCGCUCUGGGUCUUGGCGAGAAUCUGAACAACCACCGGGGUAGAAGAACGAGGUGGACACUAGGGCCAGAGUAGGUAGAACCCGAACCCGGCAGAUUCCGGUUUCCGGCUUGGCGUGCGCAGCCGCACCGGUCACGUGGACAUUUGGUCACGUGACCGCGUCCGUGGGCCUCCCGUUGGAACCUGCGGCCGCGGUUGGCAUUGUGGGGCAGGGGGUGGUGGGGCAAGAUGGCGGCUCACCUGUCCUACGGGCGAGUGAACCUAAACGUGUUGCGCGAGGCGGUGCGUCGCGAGCUGCGCGAGUUCCUGGACAAGUGCGCAGGAAGCAAGGCAAUAGUUUGGGAUGAAUACCUAACAGGACCCUUUGGCCUGAUUGCACAGUAUUCACUAUUGAAGGAACAUGAAGUGGAAAAAAUGUUCACACUUAAAGGAAAUCGUUUGCCGGCAGCUGAUGUCAAGAAUAUUAUUUUUUUUGUCAGACCCAGGCUAGAGUUGAUGGAUAUAAUUGCUGAAAAUGUGCUCAGUGAAGAUAGACGAGGCCCAACGAGAGAUUUUCAUAUUCUGUUUGUGCCACGCCGUAGCCUGUUGUGUGAACAGCGGUUGAAGGAUCUGGGUGUCUUGGGAUCCUUUAUUCACAGGGAGGAGUACAGCUUAGAUCUCAUUCCAUUCGAUGGGGAUCUCUUAUCCAUGGAAUCAGAGGGUGCGUUCAAAGAGUGCUACCUGGAGGGCGACCAGACGAGCCUGUACCACGCAGCCAAGGGGCUGAUGACCCUGCAAGCUCUGUACGGAACGAUCCCCCAGAUCUUUGGGAAAGGAGAAUGCGCUCGGCAAGUGGCCAAUAUGAUGAUCAGGAUGAAGAGAGAGUUUACAGGAAGCCAGAAUUCGAUAUUUCCUGUUUUUGAUAAUCUCUUGUUGCUUGAUCGGAAUGUGGAUUUAUUAACACCUCUUGCCACUCAGCUGACAUAUGAAGGACUCAUUGAUGAAAUUUAUGGCAUUCAGAACAGUUAUGUGAAAUUACCUCCAGAGAAAUUUGCGCCUAAGAAACAGGGCGAUGGUGGUAAGGACCUCCCCACGGAAGCAAAGAAGCUGCAGCUGAAUUCUGCAGAGGAGCUCUAUGCUGAGAUCCGAGAUAAGAACUUCAACGCGGUGGGCUCUGUGCUCAGCAAGAAAGCAAAGAUCAUCUCUGCAGCAUUCGAGGAAAGACACAAUGCUAAGACCGUGGGGGAGAUCAAGCAGUUUGUUUCCCAGUUGCCCCACAUGCAGGCGGCAAGGGGCUCGCUUGCAAACCAUACCUCAAUUGCAGAAUUGAUCAAAGAUGUCACUACUUCUGAAGACUUCUUUGAUAAAUUAACCGUGGAACAGGAGUUUAUGUCUGGAAUAGACACUGAUAAGGUCAACAAUUACAUUGAGGAUUGUAUCGCCCAAAAGCACUCGUUGAUCAAGGUGUUAAGACUAGUUUGCCUCCAAUCCGUGUGUAAUAGUGGGCUCAAACAAAAAGUUUUGGAUUAUUACAAAAGAGAGAUUCUCCAGACAUACGGCUAUGAGCACAUAUUGACCUUACACAACCUGGAGAAGGCCGGCCUGCUGAAACCGCAGACAGGGGGCAGAAACAAUUACCCAACUAUACGGAAAACAUUACGCCUCUGGAUGGAUGAUGUUAACGAGCAGAACCCCACGGACAUAUCCUAUGUGUACAGUGGGUAUGCCCCGCUCAGUGUGCGGCUGGCCCAGCUGCUUUCCCGGCCUGGCUGGCGGAGCAUCGAGGAGGUCCUCCGCAUCCUCCCAGGGCCCCACUUUGAGGAGCGGCAGCCACUGCCCACAGGACUGCAGAAGAAACGUCAACCGGGAGAAAACCGAGUGACUCUGAUAUUUUUCCUCGGGGGCAUAACCUUCGCUGAAAUUGCUGCCCUGCGAUUUCUCUCCCAGUUGGAAGAUGGAGGUACAGAAUAUGUCAUUGCCACCACUAAACUAAUGAAUGGAACCAGUUGGAUAGAGGCUCUGAUGGAAAAACCUUUCUAGGGUGUUUAGAGGAGACUUAACAAGUGUACUGCAGAAUAAACUGCCUCUUUGAAGAAGUUGCUGAAAGGAAGUAAAACCCCAUAGAAGAAACAUGGGAAUACAGAAUAUAUUCUGGGGUCAGCUUCUUAAAUUAUACUACUCUUUACUGCUUUCUCGUUCUCUUUUGUAUUCCUUUUUGUUUUUCUCCUUUGAGAUGGAGUCUUGCUCUGUCACCCAGACUAGAGUGCAGUGGCACGGUCUCACCUCACUGCAACCUCUGCCUCCUGGGUUCAAGCAAUUCUCCUGCCUCAGCCUCCUGAGUAAAUGGGACUACAGGCAUGCACCACCACACCCGGCUAAUUUUUGUAUUUUUAGUAGAGAUGGUGUUUCACCAUGUUGGCCAGGCUGGUCUCAAACUCCUGACCUCAGGUGAUCCACCCGCCUCGGCCUCCCACAGUGCUGGGAUUACAGGCCUGAGCCACCGUGUGCAGCCCCUAAUCUGCUGAGGAAAGAAGAAUAGAAGAAAAUCAGCCUGAGUAAAAACAGCACUGGUUUCGAGUUUUCUAAGCUCAGGGUCUUCAUCAGAGACCUCUGGAAAUACAUCAAGGAUGAUGGGGGUAGAUAAUCCAUUCAGCCAGACAAACGGGGCCAGCUCUUAAAAUAAGAAAGCUGAGACUUAGGAGGUGAAACUGAAAAUAAAAAGAGAAAGUCCAUCCUCUAAUCCCCAGUGCUGUAUUUCUUCAAGGCGCAUCAGGCCUAGGACAGUGGUUAAGUGUUGGGAGCUGGAGAUCAUUUUAUCACUGAGUUGAGAUUUCUUUUUCCUGCAGAGUAUGGGAGAUUGUAUUUAGGGUCAUCAGUCGCUGUCGCAGCUGAUCACUAAGGCAAGUUUGCUUCCUUCUACUUACAAAGCAGGAGGUUUAGGGGAGCUUCUUGCCCAGAAACAAAGUUUAUGCUCUAUGUGAUCAGCUACAUCUCUUUAGGUUCCAUACUUAUCAGGGGCUUUUGACAGGGAAGAAUGUGAUAACUGGGGAUAAGCCUUCUGAGAAUUCAGCCUUUGAAAUAAUUCAAAGACAGUUUCUUAGCACACACGUUAACUCCAGACACGGCAGUGGUGGAUGCCUCCAUUGAGGUUUCCAUUUUCUCUUCUGUCCAUCAAGGGCCCAACAUCCAACUGGUCCCACAGUGAGCAGGGGCAACUCUUGCUUCUUCAGCAUCUGGCCACUUCUUUUCCAUGGUAACUGCCACCGUGUACUUUUCUGGCAGUCUGUGGCCACUCUGUACUCAGCUGAAAAAACUCUGUUUCAGCCCCCUCUCUGGUGACCUCAGCCUUCUCCAAGUGUAUCUCUUGAUGAUCUUGGAGACCAGCAGCCACAGCUGCUGCUACUUCUGCAGGAGACUGUCAGGCUGUGGUGGGGGGGCAGGGAUGUUGGAGGAGAAGUUGGAAAUCCGUGUGUUCCCUGCCUCUCUGCUGCUCCAUCUCAGCUUCUGGAGGAGUUAAGGCACCAAGGGCACCAAGUCAGGUUGGCGGCUUUGCUGUCCUUGCCCAAGCCUCCAGCAAAACUAGCUGGUCCCCUGCUUUGCUGGGUCCCAGCCAGGUGUGGUUUUGGUUAUUUAUUAGUAACCACACAUUGUUUUUCCCCACCUAUUUCAUUAGUGGAGUUUUGUUUUAUUUUUGUUUGUUUGAGACAGAGUCUCACGCUCUUUCCAGGCUGGAUUGCAGUGGUGCGAUGUUGGCUCACUGCAACCUCCACUUCCCGGGUUCAGACGAUUCUCAUGCCUCAGCCUCCUGAGUAGCUGGGAUUACAGAUGUGCACCAGCACACCUGGCUAAUUUUUGUACUUUUAGUAGAGACGGGGUUUCACCAUGAUGGCCAGGCUGGUCUCGAACUCCUGACGUCAGGUGAUUGGCCCACCUCGGCCUCCCAAAGUGCUGAGAUUAUAGGCGUGAGCCACCGCACCCGACCCAUUAAUGGAGUUCUGAUGGGCACGGUGAAUAUUAUUAAUGAAAGAGAAAUUCUGUAUACUUUAAAAAAAAUCUCUUUAAUAAAAGAAUGAAGGGUGGCAGAGAUAAUAAUUGAAAGAUUAGUUUCUCAUGGAAUUAAUUUGGCCUUGAUAUUCAGUAUUUGGAAAUGUCUUCAAGAAAACCAUUUUCAUUGUAGAAAAUCCGUUUUCAAAUACUUGUUAUAUCCCAGGGAGAUUAGUUUAUACCAUCCACCUCAGGCAGUCAUCAGCUGCUUUAGAGAAUGAAAUCCACCCUGCCCCUCCAUGUUUUUGGUUCCUGGGACUCAAUUCAAGUCUGGUCAAGUCUCCCUGGCUGGGGAUUCUGUCCUGGGAACAGAUACUCAGUUGUAAUCUCAUGUGUCUGCACUCACCCAAGACUCUAUAUACUUGCUUGCUCAGAGCAUAGUUAGGUCAGCUCCUAAAAAUGCAUUCAGCAGAAGACUGAAAAACUUCAAUUGCUUCAUUUGUAUGCAAAUAGAAAAUGGUAGAUAAUUAUGUAUUAUACGCCUUUGUGUAAGUUCAUUUAAUACUUGAAGCAGUCUUUGUCUCAAAAGAGUAUGCCUUUACUGAGAAAGGAUAUGUGAACGGUACAUUUAUUGUUGGGGAGAGUGGAUUGUUUACAUCAUGUCUGGACUUUUGUCUAGUUGGGUAGACAGUUCUACACCAGCAGCCCCCUUAAUAAAGAAGUCUACACAGACA